AUGUCGUCAAGCAAUGCUGGGUCUCAAUUGUUUGGUGAUGAAGAUCCUUUUGUCAUUGUAAAUUUAGACGAGGAUGUUACUGUUACUUCCGCCCCUCAGAAGAAGAAGAAGAAAAGGAUUGUGAAAGUGGGUGAUAGGGCAAAAUCGAAGAAGGCCAAGACGGAUGUGCCCCUGAAGGAAACUGCUCCACUAAGCGUCGAGACGGUGCCCGUUGCUACCGAGUCCAUGCAGAAAACCGCACCAGAGACAGGGCCAAGCAGAGUUCCGCCUGGGGUAGAGAAAGGAAAUGGACCUCUCGAGGGGGAGGUCAUAGUCUUGCCUCCCCAACUGUUCGAGGGAGGCCCAUCUGUGGCAGUUCACACCUUCAACAGCCCACCGUCAAUCGAGUGUCCUAUUCUCGAGGAAUUCGCCGUCCAACUGAAUGAAGCUGAUAGCUUGUGGCUGGCAAGCAAUUUUUCAGAUUAUGUUGUAAAUGUGUUGUUGAGGGCAGAACGGGACGAGGCGUUGUUCGAGGUGGUUACGCUCGAGGAGAAGGUUCGCCAAGUUCAAGCCAAGGAAGCAGAGAUUGCCGAGAUGCAGGCCAAAUAUGAUGAGCUUGACGAGAAGAUGAAGUCGUUUGCCAGCCUGCAUAUUUCCAAGGAGGAGCUUCACCAGUGGUGUACCGCCUUUAUGUAUAAGAUGAUGUCCACAUGCGGAAUGGCUGCAGCCCUCGAGGAGGACCCAAAGAAAACCAUGCACGAGGCCAUGGUGAAGGUCUUGACAAGGUUGAGCCUCGAGCAGCUUCCUCUGUGGGGAGCUUUGACCGGUGCCAUGUCCAAGAUGAGUUCCCCUGCGGAGAUUGCCUGGUUUCCGGGCGACGUUCCUGCUAUCCUGGCCAAGGGUCCGAGUGAGGAAGACCCCAUACCCGAUGUACCUGACGAGUAUAUGGGUAUGAGCUCGAGGAUGUUGAUGAGGAAACCGAGGAGGAUGUUGCUGACACCAGCCACUCCGGGGUUCAGAGAACUGUUGAGGAUGCCUCUCAGGCCCAUUCCAAGGACCCUUCCAAUGAUCCUUCCGCUGAUCCCCUCCCAGGCAGUGACGCUAUUUAUGCAAACAUCUCUUUCCAUUCCACUUCUUUGUCCUCUGCGUUCUUUCUAUGAUGUGAGUGCCUUAUGCUCCCUGGUGAAACAGGGAAGUUGGACCAUUCACCUCGUGCACCACAUGGUGUUGUCAGAGGAGCAAUCGAGGGAGUUCCCGUUAUAUUCCAUGAUAAGCGGGAUUUUGAGAAGUCGUGUUGACGUGCACAGCCUCGACACGGUGGUGCAUUUGGAGAAUGACCUGCUCGAUGCCAUGAGGACACACAACGUGAAGGCUAACCAGCAUCUGAUAAAUGAGAUCAAAGGACUCUGCGAGGAGAUGCAGCGUCGAGAGGUUCAAUGCCUGAGAGACCACAGUGAUUCUUUGACUUUCGAGGCCGAGAUCCAUGAGGAGCGGUGA